CCAGUCUUUAAUCACCAUGCCUAAGCAAGUUCAAGACAUCAAGCAGUUCCUCGAGAUUGCCCGCAGAAAGGACGCCAAGUCCGGCCGCAUCAAGAAGAACGGCAGCCAGACCAAGUUCAAGGUCCGUUGCUCCCGCUACUUGUACACUCUCGUCAUCAACGAUGCCGCCAAGGCCGAGAAGCUCAAGCAGUCUCUUCCCCCCACUCUCUUGAUCGAGAACAUCAAGAACUAAGCUUGUGUAAUUUGACCACAACUGCUUUGGGAUCUGAUUUUUUUGUCCUCUGAGAAUAAAAAAUCAUGGUUUUUUUACUGCCGUCGCUUGAA